GGUGUCGUUGUGGCAUUAAAAUAUUCCUCUACCAAUUUCGUCUAUUUUACAUGGGAGUAUUACUUUUUGUUUUGAUUGAUAGAUAUUCAAGUUAAGUUGAUUUUAUAAAACUUUUUUAAUUAAAUAAAAAUGGAGCAAGAUGUUGACACUGGUUAUAGAACAUUUUGCUGUACUUGCUUAAGUUCAGAUAGAAAUGUUAUUUCUAUAAAUGGACUUACGCAAAUCUAUCAAGUUUUCAGAUUAAUAAUGUAUGAUUACGCGGGUGACCGGUAUGGUGAUUCAAUAAUAGAAUUAGAUCAGCUAGUUUGUUGGGAGUGCCUCGCUCUCAUGAAGAAGAUAGCGCGUUUUAAGAGACAAGUUCACAAUGCUCAAGAGCAUUUGCGAGUUCUGGCCAUGAGCCACUCUCAAGAGACAAUGGACCACACAUACAUGUCCCAGUCGUUAUCGUCCCUUGAAUGUACGAUAAAGACGGACUAUGACAGAGUUUAUGUCAAUUAUACAAAUGAAAUUCAAGAAAAUAUUAUAGAAGAUAAGGAGAUACGUUCUGAGUGGCCACAACACUAUAUAGCAAUAAGUACCGCACAAAAUGUCAAAAAUGAAAGCUAUGACGUUGCUCAGGCUCUACGUGAUCAUAUCACCUUGGGUAUCGACAACCAAGUGAUGGGGGUACCGGAAAUAGUAUUAGAAAAUCCAGUAACGGGUGUGAUGUCCCACAUUGUGGUCGGUACAGACGGUCUCGUCACGAGUGAUACAUUCACUGCUCAAGCUGUUAAAGGUGAACUACCGGAGCUUAUAAUAGACCCGACCACAACAGCAGAUACAGUUAUAAUAAGUCAAAAACCGAAAUUGUCAAAACUAAACGCUCAUAAGGAUCUGAAAUCAGGUUACAUGACGGAGUAUAUGUCGGAGGCAGACAUGCUAGCAAUAAGAGAAGAAUUGAAACAGAAGGUCCAAUACACGAGCACUGCGUACAAAUGUGAGCUCUGUAUCAUAGGGUUUUAUACGCAGCAACAAGUCGAAGAUCACUUCAUAGCGAUGCAUAGGGAGAAACCGGGCCACGUGACGUGCAAAGUAUGUUACGUGUAUGUCCAAGAGUCGAAAUUGGAGGAGCACACGCACAGUCAUUACUUGAGAUACGUGUGCAAACUUUGCAACAAGACGGAGACCAGUGUUAAACUCAUUACUCUACACGUCCGAGCGCACAUGGUUAAGCCGACGCCGAACGCUGUCAUACAGAUCGGUGAUGACUACGAAGGGAAGGUCCGUAAGAAAAAGAAAGAACCGGAGAAGAUAAAGGAUGAAGACAAAACACCUCCAACGCCUGGAGACCUCAGGAAGCUGCUGUCGAAGACGACCAUAGUCGGAUACAAAUGCUUGGAAUGUGACAUGUUCUUUAAAAACUCCCGGGCUCGUAAGAAUCAUGUGGCCCGUUUCCACAGGGAGGGCUUGCAGUGUGAUCAUUGUAAAAAGAGAUUCGUCAAUAGGACCACUCUAACCACACAUUUAAGGUUGCACGAGGGUCCGCUGCCUAGAGAGGAGUGUCCUAUCUGCCACAAGAUGGUCAGGACGAUACAGAUAAAAUAUCACAUCCAGAGGCACCAAAAUACGAGCCGUUACGAAUGCAAGGACUGCAGUAAAGUAUUCAGCCACCUAGCAACGUAUCAGGCACAUUUGAAGUACUCGAGGCCUCAUGCAUCGGAUCAGAUAUUCAAAUUUCCGUGUCCGAUGUGCAAUAAAGGAUAUCCAACGAAGCAAGCGAUGCAAGAUCACUUCAACUAUCAACAUUUGGGCAAGACUUCACAUAAAUGUCCGGUGUGUGAUAAACCUAUAGCGUCUCACAAGAACGUCGAAAGGCACAUGAUGAGGGUCCACGGCGAGAAGAAGGUGAAGCCGAGGAACCACGUCUGCCAGCAGUGCGGGAAAGGUUUCACGGAUAGAAAAGCUCUGACGCAACACGAGGUCAUCCACUCCGGCGAGCGCCCUCUCUCCUGCGACAUUUGCCAGCAAACGUUCAAGCAGAAAGCCUCUCUAUAUACGCACAGAAAACGCGUUCACAAAGUGUUUCCAGCUAAACGAGUCGUCGAAUUUAUGGACAAUAAAAGUGAUGUAUAGGCUAUUUUUUUUUUUUUGAUAAAAAUCUCUUUGCGUGUGAUAAUCAAAUUUCAAAGCUCUGGUAUGAGGAGUAAAUGGAUGGGAGAUAAACAAACCUUACAUUUACAUAUUCCAUGCGAUUUGCUAAUAAUUCUGUUAUAUGCCCUACAAACAGGUCUCGAUUAAUAUAUAUUUAUUUAUAAUACAACACUAUUACACUUAAUUACUUGUAUGUAUUUUAAUUUUACUUCUAAAGUUCCGAUAACAACUUAACUGACAAACACCACAGAUUAUCAAGAUCUCGACCAGUGACGUCAUCUCAAUUCGAGGUCACGAUUGUUUAUUUGUCUUUGCCAUGAUUUCUGCCAUUGAAAUCGUCUGUAUAUCGGUUGGGACUUAUUUUAUGGGAUGUAUAGGAGGUGGUAACUGGUAGUCGGGUUUUUUUUUUUUAAUUACAAGAGUAAACAUUACGUUAACAAAUAACAUUAUAAUAUUUAGUGAGUAUUUUUUUAUAUUUUUAUUUUAUUUUAUUUAUUUAAGAUUCACCAGUGGUAAAUACAUCAACACGUACAAAGGUAUACAAUUUUAAUACAACUUAAAACUAAAUGCAUUACCUAUUAAGGUGAAUACCACUUGCAAAGAUAAAGUUGGAGAUGACAAACUUAUAAAUAAUUAAUUGUUAGUAAAUCAAGGUUAAAAAUGACAAGAAUUAACAAUAAUAGUAAAAUAAUAAAAUACAAAUAUAAACAAAAUAAAUUAGUUAGCUGACAAUUUUGACAAUAUUUUUUUGUGAAACUUGUACAAUAUUUUUUUGAGUACAAGUGAAAGGUAUGAUUUAAAUAAUAUAAAAAUAUGAUUGAGUGUAAAAAUUGAAUUCAUUCUUUCCAAGGAAACAUUCUCGAAGUGUAAAACGAUGUUACUUCCCAGGAACAGCUUCACUGACUCCAUACCCCUCCACUUCCAUUCCAUAUCUAUUUUCAUUUGUUUUCUAAGUUGUUAGUGAAGUUCAUCUAGAAUGCUGUUUAAUAUUCCUAGAAGCUGGCUUAGUGACGGUACUCUUGGGCACUUUUCUUUUUUAGAACUCCAAUCAUCCCGAUCUUGGGCAGUCCGCAUUCAUUCAUAACGGUGAGUGUCCACGUUUAGACACCGUAAGUUCUUACAGGUAGGACGUACUGAUUAAAUACCCUGGUCUUGUGCCGGGCAACUUGUAUAGUUUGGCCCAGGUAGAGAGCCAUUUUUGACCACUGAUCUCGGGGAUACAUGUUCGUUUGCCAUAAUUUUGGUCUUUUCAAUGUUCAUCCCGAGACCUACUUGUCUUGAAGAAUCGCUCAGGCUGUUUAGCAUCUCUUCCAAAUCCUGCAGAAUCACCGAUGAUGACAAUGUCGUUGGUAAAUUGCAGGUGUGUAAUAUGUUGGCCAUUUAUAUUAAUGCCGCGUCCGUUCCAAUCGUACGUCUUGAGGACGUCCUCCAAUGCAUUGGUAAAAAGUUCCGGUGAGAUUACAUCUCCCUGUCUUACCCCGCGAUGCAAUUGAUCUUGUACCAAUUGCAUCGCGUUUGGACUCUUCUACCACUUACCAUCAGGUGGAGUAGAGUCAUUUGCCCUCCCGGCGAAUAUAUAUAAAAAAAAAAUCGUGUGUAAAAAAAUGUUGGUGGCGUCGUCAAUGUCCUGCUUGGUUUCCAACAUGGCAAAUCAGUUCUGUAGUUCCAGCUGGAAGCUUUCGCAACCAGCUUCGACCUUGGGCAGAGUUGGUCUAAGAAUCGACUUCAUUAACCGAGAUCGUUUAAUUUAGUUUUAAUAUUCAUGAAAUGUAAUGGAGCGAGCUAUGCUCGCUCCAUUACAUUUAGUAAGUAUCUUUGAAGGAUAAGAUCAGAAAUGAGAUUAUCCGGAAAGGAACCGGAGUCACCGACAUAGCUUGCAAAAUUAGCAGGCUGAAGUGGCAGUGGGCUGGUCACGUAUGUCGUAGGACCGAUGGCCGUUGGAGCAGACGAGUCCUAGAGUGGAGAACGCGAAUCGGCAAGCGCAGCGUAGGGCGCCCUCCAGCCAGGUGGACCGACGACCUUAAGAAGGUGGCGGGCACCAACUGGAUGCGGAAGACGGAGGACAGGGAGCUUUGGCGCACCUUGGGAGAGGCCUAUGUUCAACAGUGGACAAUGAUUGGCUGUUGAUGAUGAUGAUGAUGAUUCAGGGUGCCUCUUACCAGGCGGUGAUCACUUCCGGUGUUUAUCCUGUUGAUCACGGAGACAUCCCUGAAUAUUUAGCGCUUAUUGGAUAAAAUGAAGUCGAUCUCAUGCACCGUGGAAACUAAGAUAUUUUUUCUUUGUGCCUGUAAUUACACUGGUUCUCACCCUUCAAACCAGAACACAACAAUACCAAGUACUGCUGUUCUGCGGUAGAAUAUCUGAUGAGUGGGUGGUAUCUCCCCAGACGAGCUUGCACAAAGCCCUGCCACCAGUGAUAAAGCAGAAGAAUUUAUGUAUGGGUGUGACCAUUUUGUUGUACCCUUGGUUCAGUUUAAAGACCUAUUCUUCUCAAAAUUAAUUACGGUUAACGCUCAAAAUAGGUCAUGCAUAUUUCAUGGUCGGUAUAUUUAUUUAAAUUAGCUUAAUUUCAAACUCAUCACCGUAAUUGUCUACUAAAAUGUCUGUCUGUACAUCGCUACUGUUUUAUAUAUAGAAUAAAUUGUUAUUGUUA